GGUAGCUAAGGAGGAGGAGCAGGGACCCAGCCGCCCCGUGGAGGGGCUGCAUGAGCUGCACAGCACCCUGUGGCCCGGCAAGGCUCUCCCCAGCGGCACCCGAGAUUUUGUCCGUCUGCGAGGCCAUGCAGGUGCCUGGGACUGAGGGUGGUUUUUUCCCUGCUGCCCUCCCAUGGAUCUCCCUGGCCUUCACAGCAGGUAGAGCCAGGUGACAAGGACAAGCCAGCCCAGGUGCCCCCCAGGGAAGGAGCCUCAACACCAGGAGCCAGGUCAUCUCCAGAGGAGGCCAACACAGGUGACCUGCCAAAUGAAGCAGAGACAAGCCAGCGGGUGAGCAGCUCCCUCAGCUCUGGAUGGAUUGGAAUGGGGACAUCUGCCAGCAGUAAGAGCCCAGGGCAGCCGGAAACCCCCUGCUUCUUCCUGAGAGCACUCUUCCUCCUCCUCUUCUGCCAUCAUGUUUCUUCCCAGUGCAAGAUCCUGCGCUGCAACUCUGAGUACGUGGCUGCCACCCUCAACCUGCGUGGCUCCAACAGGAACGUGGCGUACUGCAGCGCCCUCCGCUCCUACUCCCACUGCACCCGCAAGACGGCCCGCACUUGCCGGGGCAACCUGGCCUACCACUCUGCCGUCCACGGCAUCGAGGACCUCAUGAUCCAGAACAACUGCUCCAAGGAGGGCCCCGUCUCGCCGCCCCGGCCCCGGCCGCCGGCCCCCAACCACCAGGGCUUUGAAUCUCUGGAUAUCUGCAACUACGAGAAGAGUUUCCUCUAUAAGCAUGGCCAGCCGCCCAGCUACCAGCACUGUGCGGCCUUCGGGGACCCCCACAUCCGUACUUUCCAUGACGACUUCCACACUUGCCGGGUGGAGGGCUCCUGGCCUCUCUUGGACAAUGACUACUUGUUUGUGCAAGCAACCAGCUCACCAGUGGCCAAGGGGUCCAACGCUACGGUUACUAGCAAGCUCACCAUCAUAUUCAAGAACAUGAAGGAAUGCAUCGACCAGAAGGUCUACCAGGCUGAGAUAGAUAACCUUCCUGCCGCCUUCGAGGACGGCUCAGUGAAUGGGGGCGAGAGGCCGGGAGGAAGCAGCUUGGCUAUCUGGGAGCGCACGCCUGGGCAGCAUGUGGAGAUCCGGGCGGAGUACAUCGGCACCACCAUCGCCGUCCGCCAGGCUGGGCGCCAGCUCUCCUUCUCCAUCCGGGCAGCAGAGGAGGUGGCGCGCUCCUUCACGGAAGAACAAGACCUGCAGCUCUGCGUGGGCGGCUGUCCCCUCAGCCAGCGCAUCUCCCGCAGCGAGUGCCACCGGGGCCAGAUGGCAGCCGAGACAGCCCGCGCGCUCUGCAAGGAGAUGUUGCCGGUGGAAGAUGUCUACUUCCAGUCGUGCGUCUUUGACGUGGUGACCUCAGGGGAUGCCAACUUCACCAUGGCAGCUCACGGAGCCCUGGAAGAGUCCAGAGUCUUCCUUCCGAAUGCUGAGAAACUGCACAUCUUCCAGGCUGGGGCAGGCUGCCAGCACACCUCUUCUUCCUUACUCCUCCUCCUCCUCACUUCUAGUCUUUGGGCUAUUCCAUUGCACUUUUAACUCGUUGGCCAGCACUCACUGGCAUGACAUACAGCACAGGGGACACAUCUAAGGGACAGUCCAAAGGAGUAACGCGAGAGCUGCUGACUCAAGAAUCGUACCUUGUAGAUCAAGAAGGACGCCUUAGCUAGGAUCAAGUAUCUCUGUGGCAACGUGGAAUUGGAGACCCAGAUUUGGGGGGGGCGGGGAGGGGGCACUGGAGAUGAA